AUGGAGAAACAAGAAGAAGACUUGGAUUCCACAGCAGUCGAUAUAUCGGCCAGCUCUGACCGAAAUGGAAAGAAACGGACCUCGGGAAUUUCGGCAUUUUUGCGCGUAUUCACUUAUGGUCAACCGCUUGACUAUGUCCUCGAAUUCACUGCCAUUCUCGCUGCUAUCGGUUCCGGUGUGGCCAUGGCAAUGAUGAACCUUGUCAUCGGCCAGCUGAUGAACAUCAUGAGCGAUCCCAUGCUCAGCACCAGAGACCCAGACCAGUUCAUGGCUGCUGUCAGCAAGAACGCUCUUUAUUUCGUCUAUAUCGGCAUAGCUCGGUUUUGUUGCACUUACAUAUACUCGACGCUGUUUACAUACGUCGCCUUCAAGGUGACACGCAAUGUCCGAUACUCUUACCUACGAGCAGCUUUGAGCCAGGAGGUUAGCUUUUUCGACCAUGGCACCUCUGGUUCCAUUUCCAUGCAGGCUACGUCCAAUGGAAAGUUGAUCCAGUCAGGGAUCGCAGAGAAGCUAGGUCUUUUCUUUGCAUCCAUUGCCACUUUCUUCGCAGCCUUCGUUAUCGCCUUUACCAGUUACUGGAAGCUCACCUUGAUUCUCAUCUGCAUCCUACCAGCUCUGAUGCUUGUCAUUGGCGCAAUGGCUACCAUUGACGCUGGCAUCGAUGCCAAGAACCUCCAAAUACUCGCCCAAGCAGCCACAUAUGCCGAGAGUGCUCUGAGCAAUGUUCGCGCCAUAAAAGCAUUCAGUCUUGAGUCAAGAAUCAUCCAUAAGUAUACUUCUUUCCUUGAUAAUUCCCGAAGACUUGGAAACAAGAAGUCUGGUGUAUAUGGAAUCAUGUUUGGGUGGCAAUACUUUGUCAUCUACGCUGGAAUGGCUCUGGCUUUUUGGCAAGGAAUCGCAAUGAUAGCUCGCCAGGAGGUGGACGGCAUUGGUACGGUCUUCACAGUGCUAUUCUCGGUCAUCAUCGGCUCGACUUCAAUCAACGGAAUUGCACCGAACAUAUCGUCCUUCGUUCGUGCCGCUACCGCAGCUUCAGAACUUUUUGCUCUGAUCGAUAGGACUUCAGAUAUAAACCCCCUGGACGAAUCUGGCCAGAGACCCAUUGGCAUUUCUGGCGUCAUUAACAUUCAGGGAGUCAGCUUCAGUUAUCCUACAAGGCCAGAUAUGCGAGUUCUGGAGAACUUUUCUCUUCACAUUCCCGCCGGAAAAGUCACGGCCCUCGUGGGCACAAGCGGUUCUGGGAAAAGCACCAUCAUUGGCCUUCUAGAAAGAUGGUAUAACCCUGAUUCCGGCGUUAUUAACCUUGACGGUGUCAGUAUCCGGGACUUGAGCCUCACCUGGCUUCGAACUACGAUGCGACUAGUCCAACAGGAACCUGUUUUGUUCAAUGGCACGGUCUUUGAGAACAUUGCCAAUGGUCUCGUGGGGACCUCUUGGGAGACAGCUUCACGGGCUGACCAGAUGCAACGAGUUGAAUACGCUGCCAAACUUGCUUUUGCAGACGAUUUCAUCACCAACCUUCCAGAUGGGUACAACACGCCCAUUGGCGAGAGAGGUGGACUCCUCUCUGGUGGACAGAAACAACGAAUUGCUAUCGCGCGGAGUGUCAUCUCCGAACCCAAGAUUCUGCUGCUCGAUGAAGCGACAAGCGCUCUCGACCCGCAUGCCGAAGGUAUUGUACAGCAGGCGUUGGACAGUGUCUCCAAAGAUAGAACCACGAUUGUCAUAGCCCAUAAGCUUGCCACCAUCCGGAACGCAGAUAACAUUGUGGUCAUGUCCAAGGGCAAGAUUAUCGAGCAGGGAAAGCACGAUGAUCUGGUGGCUCUCAAUGGCGCUUAUGCGAAGUUGGUUAAGGCACAGGAUCUUUCAGUCGAAAAGAAAGAUGCGACCGACGAGAACACCGACGAUGAGGUAACAGCGACGGUAGAGCCUGUCCAGUCACUCGUUAAAUACGAAACUGCCGUUGAUCAGCGACUCGCAUCUCAGAUGGACGUGGAGGAUUUCAACCUUCACAAGCACACAGGAUUGAUUUACACCAUUUGGAAACUCAUCCGUUCCUCCUCUGAGAUCAAGGUUUGGUACAUGCUUGCAUUCAUCACCUGUGUUCUGGGAGCUGCUGUCUAUCCUGGACAGACACUACUCCUUUCCAAGAUUAUGGAAGUCUUCAGUUCUUCAGACAUGGUCGACAAUGGAAACUUCGUAUCUUUGAUGUACUUCGUCGUUGCUCUAGGUAGCUUGGCGGUGUACUUCGUCAUGGGUUGGACAACGAAUGUUAUUGGACAGACUCUCAGCCAAAACGUCCGCAAAGGUCUCUUGAGUGGGAUACUGAAACAGGACCUUCGGUUUUUUGACAGACCAGAGAACGCUGUCGGCGCCCUUAACAGCCGUAUCGACUCUCAGGCACAAGCCAUCCUCGAGCUCAUGGGUUUCAACGUUGCCUUGGCUUUCUUGUCAUUCAUCAACGUCAUUGCCAGCAGCAUCCUUUCUCUCGCAUACUCUUGGAAGCUCGGUUUGGUCGGUGUUUUCGCUGGCAUGCCUCCUUUACUACUAUCAGGCUAUGCUCGUAUUCGUAUCGAGACGUCAAUGGAUUCCAACAUUGAUAAGAUGUUCUCAGCAAGUGCUUCGUUGGCAUCCGAGACUGUUAACGCCAUUCGCACGGUUUCUUCUCUAGCGAUUGAAAAAGGCAUUCUAAAGAGGUACACCAACGAGCUAGACACUGCCAUUUCAAGCUCGACCGUGCCACUUUUCAACAUGAUGGUUUGGUUUUCUCUCACCCAAUCCAUCGAGUUUUUCAUCCUUGCUCUUGGGUUCUGGCUUUCAAGGUGGGGGUCGAAGCUAGUUACCCAAGGGGAGAUCACAUUUCCUCAGUUCAUCGUUUCUUUCAUGGGUGUUUUCUUUUCUGGCCAGGCUGCCGUGAGCAAGCUCUAUCCCCCGGCCAUAGGCAGCCCUAACACCUCAAUUGCAGGCUUCACCAAAGCCAACUCGGCCGCUAAUUACUACUUUUGGCUCCUCGGCCUGCAGCCAACCAUCCAGGAUACAGACGAGAACAGGAAAAGGGGCCCAGAGCGUGGCUGCAACUCCAUAGAUUUCCAAGACAUCCAGUUUUCGUACCCAUUUGCCCCUGACAAGCGAGUCCUAAAGGGCGUGUCCCUUACUGUAGGUACUGAUCAAAGUCAGAAGGCACAUUCAACUGACAUCCCACAGAUUGAACGCGGACAGUUCGUUGCUUUCGUCGGCGCUUCGGGCUGUGGUAAAAGUACCAUGAUAGCCCUCCUCGAGCGCUUCUACGACCCUACCAGCGGCAUCAUCAGAAUUGAUGGUUCCGCCUCCCUCACCGACAUCAGCCCCCGCCUCUACCGUAGCAAUUUAGCCUUAGUGCAACAGGAACCGACACUCUUCCCCGGAAGCAUCCGAGAUAACAUCGCAGCAGGUAUUGAUGUCAGCGCCGAAGAACAGCUCCUCAUCAAGGAUGACGUAAUCGAAACAGCUUGCCGGGCGGCUAAUGCCUGGGACUUUGUCAGCUCCCUCCCCGACGGCCUAAACACCCUUUGCGGGCAAGGCGGCAGCCAACUUUCCGGAGGACAAAGACAGAGAAUAGCCAUCGCUCGCGCUCUCAUCCGCAACCCUAGUGUAAUCCUUCUAGAUGAGGCGACCAGUGCGCUGGACACUGAGUCUGAAAAGAUUGUGCAGAAGGCAUUGAUGGAGGUUGCGGUCACAGAUGAUCGUAUCACCAUUGCCGUUGCGCACCGUCUGUCGACGAUUCGCGAGGCGAAUUCAAUCUGCGUGUUCUAUGAGGGCAGGAUUGUUGAGUCUGGCACGCAUGAUGAUCUCGUUCGCCAAGGCGGGAUAUACAAGAAGAUGUGUGAGGCUCAGAGCCUAUAG